UGAUGUAAUAUUUUGUGUAAACGUAAACACAACGUUAAAGAUGUAAUCAUUGUAAUGUCGUUUUCUCUACGCAAAUAAAGUGUUAAAUUGAUGGAAAAUUAUGAUAUAGUCAGUACUAUUGGAAGAGGUGGCUCGGGAAAAGUGUUUUUAGUGCGAAGCAAGAAAGAUCAGAGGCAGUAUGCAUUGAAACAAAUCAUUUUGAAUAAAUCCAACACGAGAGAAUCUGUUCUCAAAGAAGCAAGGAUUCUGUCAAAGUUGAAACAUCCACAUAUCGUCACAUGUAACAAUUUCUUUUUUGAUGAUCUUGAAGAACAUUUAUAUAUUGUUCAGGAUUACUGUGAUGGCGGAAAUUUGCAGGACAAGAUUUUUGAAAUGAAAGAGAAAAAUGUGAAUAUAAAAGAAGACCAACUUAUGCAGUGGUUUGUUCAAGUGACAAUGGCAGUACAGCAUAUCCAUGCAAACAAAAUUUUACACAGGGACUUGAAGACACAGAAUAUCUUUUUAACAAAACGAGGUCUCAUCAAAAUAGGUGAUUUUGGAAUAGCCAAAGUUAUGGAGAACACUUUAGACAUGGCAGAAACAUGUUGUGGUACACCCUGUUACCUCAGUCCAGAAUUAUGCCAAGACGUACCUUAUACAUCCAAAGCUGAUAUCUGGGCCCUUGGCUGUUUGUUGUAUGAGCUAUGUUCUUUACGGCCAGCGUUUAGUGCUGGGAACAUCGUCAGCCUGUUUUACAAAAUUGUGAGCGGGAAUGUGGAGCCAAUACCCUCAGUGUACAGUCAAGAUAUUACAAAUCUUAUAUCUCAAAUUAUGUCAAAGAAUCCGGAGGACAGACCAAGCGCUGGUGCAAUACUGAAUAUACCUUUUGUAAAAGAUCAUCUGGCAUUUUUUAUUGAGGGAAAGAAGACUUUAAAAGAACAACAGUUACGACCUAUUGAAGACACUCGCUCUAAAUCACCCAACGGUCAGGCAUGUUCAGCAAGAUUGUCUAAAUCCCCUUGCCCCGAGGGAGAACCAAGUUUUUCUGAAUAUCCCGAUGACUUUGAGGCAUCUUCUUCCGACGACAAUGCGGAGUAUUCCGAUGAUUUUGACGAAGUGGAUGGAGAAGAGUCUUUGAAAGAACCAAUAGCGGCCAAGUCUGGUGUCACGAGCUUUGGUAAAGUUGGUGUGAAUGUUGAGAGUUACUCAGAUGAUGAGUUCGAGCAAGAUUCUGACUGUGAGUCAUCAUUGCAAGAUAUUCUCGCCUCAGCAAAAGCAGCUCAAGAUAUUGAAGUUCUUGAAGAGACAGUGGAAGACAAUCAGAGGCCAGCGUCAUCUUGUCGAGACUUGAUAAAAGAAGAAUGUAUUAAUGUUCUUGGAGAAAAAGGAUUCUACAAAGUAAAAGAAUUUUGUCAGAAUAAAGGAAUAACAAACAUUGAAGACCAUCCAGGGCAAGAAUUUGAAAAGAUAAGUGAUUCAGAUCGCAUGGAGAGUUGCUUUCUUGUUAAUGAACUAUUCAUGCUUGAUAAAUCCUGUCCUGAUAAUUAAUUUCAUUAAUCAAAUCUAAUUUAUUUCACUAAGUCACUAACAAAAGUUCAGAUCUGGCAGAAAGAAGACCCAUAACUAUAUGUAGAAU